AUGGAGUCGAUACUGGCGCGGGCGUUAGAGUACACACUCAAGUACUGGCUUAAAUCGUUCUCCAGAGAUCAGUUCAAAUUGCAGGGCCGCACUGCACAACUUUCCAAUUUAGAUAUAAAUGGCGAUGCAUUGCAUGCGAGUCUGGGUUUGCCGCCGGCACUGAAUGUUACCACGGCGAAAGUUGGGAAGUUAGAGAUUGUGCUCCCCUCCGUGAGUAAUGUACAAUUAGAGCCCAUUGUCGUUCAAAUCGAUAAGCUGGAUAUGGUUUUGGAGGAGAACGACGAUUUGGAUGCAUGUAAGAGUACAAAUAGUUUACAGUCACCCCCCAGCGCAGGGAAGGGAAGUGGUUAUGGAUUUGCUGACAAGAUUGCAGAUGGAAUGACUUUAGAAGUGCGUAUUGUCAAUCUUUUGCUUGAAACUCACGGGGGUGCUAGACAAAAAGGAAGAGCAACCUGGGCAUCACCAAUGGCAUCUAUUACCAUCCGAAACCUCUUUCUCUAUACUACGAAUGAAAAUUGGCAGGUGGUUAAUUUGAAAGAAGCAAGGGAAUUUUCCACCAAUAAAAACUUCAUUUAUUUGUUCAAGAAACUUGAAUGGGAUUCUUUAUCUAUCGAUCUUCUGCCUCACCCUGACAUGUUUGCUGAUGGUCAUUUUGCGAGUUCUAAAGAGGGAUCAAAUAAGAAAGAUGAUGAUGGGGCAAAGCGAGUAUUUUUUGGUGGGGAGCGAUUUAUUGAAGGAAUAUCUGGACAGGCUUAUAUCACAGUACAAAGGACAGAACUGAACAGUCCACUGGGGCUGGAGGUUCAGUUACAUAUUACAGAAGCUGUCUGCCCUGCUUUAAGUGAACCGGGACUGCGUGCUCUUCUCCGUUUUUUUACUGGAUUGUAUGUUUGUUUGAAUCGAGGGGAUUUGAAGCCGAGUGCUCGACAGUGUUCUACAGAAGCAGCAGGGCGUUCUCUAGUUUCUAUCAUUGUGGACCACAUAUUUCUUUGCGUUAAAGAUGCUGAGUUCCGGCUUGAACUUUUAAUGCAGUCACUUUUCUUUGCUCGGGCAAGUGUUUCUGAUGGAGAGAAUGCCAAACACUUGACACAGGUGAAGAUAGGCGGACUUUUUUUAAGGGAUACCUUUUCACACCCUCCAUGCACAUUGAUACAACCAUCUAUCCAGGCUGUGACUGAAAGUUCCCUGCAUAUUCCAAAAUUUGCUAAGGACUUUAUUCCACCAAUAUAUCCACUUGGAGAUCAACUGUGGCAAUUAAAUGGAGGUGUUCCUCUAAUAUGCCUCCAUUCUCUUCAGCUCCAGCCCUCGCCAGCCCCACCAUCUUUUGCCACAGAAACCGUUAUCGACUGUCAGCCUCUUGUGAUUCAUCUUCAGGAAGAAUCCUGUCUGAAGAUUGCUUCCUUGCUAGCUGAUGGAGUAGUGGUCAAUCCUGGUGCUGUUUUACCAGAUUUCUCUGUUAAUUCUCUCAUAUUCAAUCUCAAAGGUUUAGAUGUCACUGUUCCUUUGGACAUGGGAAGCCCCGUCAAGUCUGAGGACAAUGGCAUCAACAACUCUAAUUUUCAGAGGUCUUUUACUGGAGCAAGGCUUCAUAUUGAGAAUCUGUUCUUCUUGGAGUCACCUUCCCUAAAACUCAGGCUACUGAAUCUGGAGAAGGAUCCUGCUUGUUUUUGUCUCUGGGAAGGUCAACCUGUUGAUGCCAGUCAGAAGAAAUGGACUGCUGGAGUUUCUCUUUUUCAGUUGGCUCUUGAAACAUGUAAUGACUCAGCUGCACUUCCGAGUUCUCCAAAUUUAUCUCCAGAGUUGUGGAGAUGUGUUGAGCUGAAAGAGGCUUGUGUUGAGGUAGCUAUGGCAACUGCUGAUGGCAGUCCAUUGAUAACUGUUCCUCCAGCAGGAGGGUUGGUCAGAAUUGGAGUUGCUUGUCAACAAUAUUUGUCCAACACUUCAGUUGAGCAGUUAUUUUUUGUGUUGGAUCUUUAUGCAUACUUCGGUACUGUCAGUGAGAAAAUAGCCAUCAUUAGAAAAGGUAGCCAAUCAAAGAAAGGUGAUAAGGAAUCUCUGGGUGGGAGAUUAGUGGAUAAGGUUCCUAGUGAUGCUGCCAUAAGUUUGGCAGUGAAGGACCUCCAGCUGAAAUUUCUUGAAUCUUCCUCUGUAGUUAUUCAAGGAAUGCCACUGGUUCAGUUUCUUGGAGAAGAUCUAUUUUUCAAAGCUAAUCAUAGGACUCUUGGUGGUGCAAUAGCUGUGUCAUCUAAUUUACGAUGGGAGAGUGUUGAGGUAGACUGUGCAGAUACUGCAGGAAAUUUGGCACGUGGGAAUGGCAUUCCAGUGACUUCUGCUGACAAUGGUAUUCUGAUGGCUGGGAAUGGACAUCCUAAACUAAGAACUGUCUUUUGGGUGCACAAUGAUGGUGGUCCAGGCCAGGGACUCUCUAAAGGGUUAGAGCAUUUAUCUGUGGGACCUUUGUCGAAACUUUUCAAAGCAUCACCUCUUAUUGCAGAUGGGAUCCAAGAGAGAAAUGGGCAUGACUAUGAUUUCUUGCACUUGGGAACUCCUGAUGACGUGAACAUAUCAAUAGAAUUCCAAGAUUGGUUGUUUGCUCUUGAAGGAGCAAAGGAUGAUGCAGAAAGGCAAUGGCUAGAGAUCCACCGAGAUCUUGGCAGAGAAGAAAGGUGCUGGCAUGCAACUUUCCAGAGUUUGCUAGUGAAGGCAAAAAGUUGUGCAAGUCCUGUAGUGAAUUGCCAAGAGAAAACAAAAGAACAACUGAAAUAUCCUGUCGAAUUGGUUACGGUAAGUGUUGGGGGCUUGCAGAUCUUAAAGCCUCAGUUGCAGAAGUGUACCUUUCAGGAUGGAUUACCUCUACAAAUGCCCAAAGGGGCUAUUGACGUAUAUGGUGGGGUGAAUGUGGAAGUUUGCAUAGUGAUAUCUAAAGAUGAUUUUGAUGAGGAAAUGGUGAAAUGGGUGGUCGAAAACUUGAAGUUUUCUGUUAAACAGCCGAUUGAGGCAGUUGUGACAAAGGAUGAGCUGCAACACCUUGUUCUUUUGUGCAAGUCUGAAGUUGACUCAAUGGGUCGCAUAGUUGCUGGAGUCCUACGGGUUCUUAAGCUGGAAGGUUCUGUUGGUCAGGCAGCUAUCAGGCAACUAAGCAACCUUGGUAUGAUGCUCAUCUUAGAUUAUGUUACCGUAAUUGUAGGCCUUUAUUAA